UUACACACUGUAACCGGGGGGAGCAGAGCUUUGUCCUCAGUCACAGCUGUAACAAGCUAGAAGAAACAACACGCUUUUGCCUACAUUGUGGAACCUGUGGCCCUCAAAAAGGAAUGUGAAUAUGGUUAUCAACAAGGAAAAGCGUUUACAACCACUGUCAAAAUUGUUUGUUCUGCUGGGUUUUAUGAUGCAGGCAGCAUACACCCUAGAAACAGUGAAUCUGGUAGACUUUUGCGGGCAAACGAUCAAAAGCGAUGGAAUGAUUGUAAAGUCACACGUAGACUCCAGAAAAUACUACUUUGUAUCAAUGGGUACUGACUGCCGACUAACAAUGCAAGCAUCUGCUCUGAAGGACAAAGUUCAGUUCCAAUUUCGCUUUUUCCUGGUAUACAGCCUAUUGCGCAUGUCAAACAGUCCCACAUCUGGACCAGGAGUGAAUAAUGCUGGAGACCCUUCCUCCACCUUGACGACCAAAGGUCCACAUGUCUUCCAUGACCCUUGCAAUUCUGGGUCUUAUGUUCAGUUUUAUGAUGGAAAAGACCAGAAUUCUGAACCGUUAGGAACUCCUCUUUGUGGAAAGACCAUCCCUAGGCCAGUCCUGUCUACUGGUAAUUAUUUAACUUUACGUCUGGUAACUAGGGGCCAGCAACCCAGGGUUGACUUUGUGGGAGAUUUCACUUCAUUUCGACUAGGUAACUCUGAGCCGUACUUCCCCUGUCAGAAUGGGAAAUGUAUCCCAUCCAGCCUCGUGUGUGACUCCAUGAAUGUUGAUAAUUGUGGGGAUGGGAGUGACCAAUCUGCAAAAGCCCCUGCAAACUGCAUGCAACAUUCUGGAGAUGCAAGAGGAGGGAUUAGCAAAGAAGUGAGGGCAACAGAAAGCCUUGGAGAAAUUCCUAGCACCACGACAUCUACAUCAGCAGUCAAAGAGACCGCACAAUCAAACUAUAGCUGUGUCAGUGUUGGAAACCACAGGGUACCUAGCCCAGGAAUUAUCCAGCAACACGGACCUCCUGAAGACAGGUCAUCCACAUCGCUUCUCUUCUUGUACAUUAUCCUGGGACUGGUGCUUGGAGUGGGCCUGCUGUUUUGGUGCUGCUGGUCACCAGGAUGGUUUGUCUGGAGGAUUAGUGCCUACAGGUUCCUACCAUGCUGUAACUCUUUCUGCGCUGCCUGUCACCUCUGUACGCGCAGUUGUGUUUUAAAGGACAAGAGCCGCCCAUGCAAAGUGAAUCCACAGAACACAGUAGCUACAGUGCCCGUCUGAUCUUGCUUGUCUUUCAUGCACCAUGUCAAACAAUCAUAAUGGCACAGGGGUGAGGGGCAGAGAAGGCUAAUAACAUGCUUUGAUGUAUAUCAAUGGGUUAUUGACAGAAUGUACAAGAAAAGGCCUCACAAUAACUACAGUGUUUCUGAUAUGCUCAGCACGUGA